AUGAAACCAUCACCUGUUACACUCUUCAAUCCUCACAAGGAGUCCCCAUUUUCGCAAGACACAAUUAUGUCCGCCGGUCCGUCGAAUAGUGCUCCAGCAACCUCAUCAAACUAUCGUCGAGCCCGACCAGUGGGCAUCUACCAGCCUCAGAUGUCACAUGUGUACUCUGAUCGUGUUUUCCGCCGCCGUCCCGCCGGUAUUGAGCAGCACAACUUGGAGCAUGAGCAAGGCAUUGCUAGACGCGACUUUGUCCAAGCCCAGGAAGUAGCGGAUAUGCACGGGAACAACUUCAAUCACCCAAACGAUAUGUCCCAACUCGACUUUGAGCAUGAACAAGGAAUAAAGAGCCGUGACUUCCUUCAGGCACAAGGAAUGGCCUAUACACGUGGAUCGAACACGGGUGGUGACAACUGGAACUGUGGACCUGCUAUGGCCACACGUCCUGCCUAUUUUCCCCGCCGUACUGGUGAUGAGUUUGGUCUUGGUGACGAGUUUGAAAACUCCAAGGCUCGAGAACAAGCCGCACGCUACUAUCGGCUUCACGGCAACUCAGUUCGGCCUCGCAAUGAAACCCAGCGCCCCCAGGCUACAUAUGCAAGCCACCGAGACUUUACUGUCUAUAGAGACACACAAAAGAACCAACCUGAACGUUCUGAUCACUUGUACCGUCCUCCUCAGGGGUCUGGAGCCGCUGGUCCUAUAAACAACUCUGCUUCAAGCACCCAGCCUCGCAAUCGCACCCGGAAUCCAGGGCCUACAUCAAUGAACUACCGAGAAAUUAUUGUCUAUGAAGCCACACAACAGAAGCAACCUGAACGCUCCGAUCACUUGUACUCUCCUCCUCGGGGGUCUGGAGCUGCGGCGUCUAUGAGCAACGCUGCUUCUAACACCUCACAUAGUCCUCACGCAGAUGCAAAGACCAACAGCUCUGACUACUAUCGAGAUGGUCAUGGCUAUAUCCGAAAGCGAAAUGGCUCUGAGGGGUCAGGAGACAGCACUUCAUCCCACCCAUUGCCUAGCUUCUACCGAGAUAGAAGACCAACAGGUAUGAGCAAUAACUCGGGCUCACGCCACUCUUCCGGAGAGUACACAGAUGUGAGUGCAUACACAACUGGAACUCCUUUCGCUGAACGCAACGGCCACUCUCCAUUUCAGCAAGGCGAAGCACAGAACAAUGGUGUGCAGAAUACGAGUGGGGAUAGAUUUCAAGAAUAUACCACAGAUAAUGGAGAUAUCGGCCAGGCCUUUGGCUACAAUGCACUCCUCGCUGGUCAGGCCCCUUUGACAGAGCGGAACCUACUCAAGAGCAAGAAGUCUGCCCCACAGCUGCCUAACCUCAAGAGCAAGAGGUCUUUCUGGGACAAGAUCAAGAUGAAAAAGUCGAGCUCGCUUGACUCGCUCACUGGAGCCAUCAAAGGCAAGAUGAAAAAGUCGAGCUCGUUUGACUCGCUCACUGGAGCCAUCAAAGGCAAGAAAUCGAAGUUGGCCGCAAAGUUUGCUCGUGUAUCUAAUCGUACCGAUUCCACCAAGGUUGGUGAUCCUGCCCAGAGUGGAAACUCCCAGUCUGGAGGAUCGCCCAAAAUCUCUCUCGCUCCUGCAUCUCUUGAUAUUGCCUAUGAUGGCAGAGAUCCUGCACUCGAGGGUAUCCAUGAAAACUCUCAGUCUCGCGGAUCUCUUGAAAUUUCUUUCGCUCCUGCAUCUCUUCGAACCGCCUAUAAUGACAGAGAUCCUGCACCGGAGGGCGUCCAUGAAAAUCCCCAGUCUCACGAAUCUCUUGAAAUCUCUCUUGCUCCUGCAAUCCUUAGAACCGCCUAUGACGGCAGAGGUCCUGCACUGGAGAGCGUCCAAGAAAAUUCUCAGCCUCGCGGAUCUCUUGAAAUAUCUUUCGCUCCCGCAUCCCUUGAAAACGCCUAUGACGGCAGAGAUCUUGCACUGGAGGGUGCUCACAACAACCAGUAUGGCAAACUUUCUGAUAAUACAGCUCCGCUUGGAAAUCCUGUCGUUGAGGGCGAAAAUUUUCAAGCAGCAAAGCUAGCCCAGCGCUCCUCGUUACCAGGCUCAGACGGACCAUCCUCUUUGACGCGUACCCAGACUUAUAACCCCAUUGGUUGCAUCACAGCUAUUUCCGACCAAGUUGAUGUUGUCAUAGCUCUUGGUAUCCAGAUGGCAAGAAUGAAUGAAGUUCAAUACAGGAUUGCGACCAUGACGAAGUAUGUGCACAAACCAUUAAAGAGAUUGAUUUAUGAGGGGAUACAGGCUCUUCCCGAACUCUUGAAGCAGGCAGAGUGUGCGAUGAAGAAUAACGAGAAUCACGAGUACAUGGAGGAGGAGCUAGACCGCAUCGCAACUGCAUUCACGAUUACAUCCAAGAGACUUCUCGACCUUUUCUCAUUGAUGGUCAUAUUAGCUCUUCCGAAGAGCGCGCCGAAGAGGUUCAAGCCUUUUAACAAAGGGGUGUUCUUUGAGUUGUGUAAUACUAGGGAUGCCUUGAAGAAUUGGACCGAGACACUUGACAGUAUUAUAUUUCCUGUCCCAUACGGUGCGAAGAAAGUCAAGCUGUCGGUUCAUUGGAGCGCCGUUCAGAAGGCUAUGUUUGCGUGCGACUUGUGGGAGAAUUUGGAGGGAUGUGAUGGAGUAUAA